AUGCCAGCCAAAAAAGGUGAUUCAAAAUCUGCAAAGAAAGGAGGAAAAACAGAGCCAGAAAAGAGCAAACCAAAGGAAGAAGAAAAGAAAGGGAAAGAUGACAAGAAGGCCAGGAAAGAUGACAAAAAAGAUGACAAGAAGGGAGGAAAGGACGAUAAGAAGAAAGGAAAAGAAGAACCACCCAAGGGUAAAGGAAAAGAUGAUGGUAAGAAAGGAAAGGAUAAAGGAAAGGGAAAGAAAGAGGUUAUUGAAUCUGAGGAGGGUUCAGAUGCUGAGUUGAUAGAAGACUUAAGUGAUGAGGAGGAUGAGGAUGAAGAAUCAGAUGGAGGCAAGAAAAAGCGAGGUGGAAAAGAUGCUAAAGGUAAAACUGCAAAAGGAAAGUCCAAAUCUAGACAGGCUGAAUCUGAUGAAGAUGAGGAUGAGGAAGAAGAUGAUGAGGAUGAGGAAGAUGAGGAAGAGGACAGUGAAGAGGAGGAGAGGAAAGGGAAGAAGAAAUCAAAAGAUCCUCACAAAUCAAAGGAAGAUGGAAAGAAGAAAGCAAAAAAGAAGGAAGAGCCUCCACCUGAACCACCACCUGAGGAGAAAAAGAAAAGAGGACUAAAAAACACUUCAAAACUCUUUAUGCGGUUCUCUGGAUUUAAGAGGAAGAAGAAUUCAAAGAAGCGACUAAAGAGCACUUCCAGACUGUUCCUUGGACUUGGGAAAAGGAAGAGUCGUUUAGUUAGGAAAAAAAGGAGGAAAUCUCUUUUGAGAAAUGCCCCGAGGUUCAUGAUGCGUUUCAAAAACAGCAGGAAGAAGAAAAAAGAGAAGGAAAAAAAUGCUGAUUCAGGAUCAAAGCCAUCCUAUAUGCUUAUUAGAUUAGGUGGCAAUUCUAAAGAGAAGAAACCAGGAUUUUUUAAAGGGCUCUUUGGGAAAAAGAAUGCAGGGGAUGGAUUUAAAACCAGGAGCCUAUUAUUGGGUAAGAUUGCUGGGGCAACAAACUGGCUCACCAAGAGGUUUCUCUCCCUUAAGGGGCGUCAGAGUGCACAUGGAAAGGACCAUGAUGCUUGGAGUCGGAGAAGCAACAAAAAAUAUGCAUUUCCUGCUGGCAGUCACCAAGCUAGCAUCCGAGCACCUCCAGGGUAUCACAAUUAUGGAUAUGAACAUGAAACUGGGGGAUAUCAUUAUAAUAAUCAGAUUGAAAUGGAGAGGGGUACAUUCCACAGGGAGUCAAUUCAGAGACACUCAAACAGGUAUGGUGAACCAUAUGCCCACAUGCAAGGACACUCUUCAUUUCCACAGCCAUACACUCAGUAUGAUGAACCAAAUAACUAUUAUGAUACAGCAUCUCAUGAUCAAGGCUAUUAUGACUUUGAGGAUAGAUACUAUGACGCACACACUGCAAUGCAGAAUGGGGGUGAAUAUUAUGAUCAUGGUAUGGACUACAAUGACCCGUAUGCUGCUCAGGAUGAGAUGGGCAAUUAUCCAGAGGAAAUUGGCUACUAUAGUCAACAGUAUCCACUGGAUCCUUAUGUCAAUAAUGGCAUGGAGUACUAUGAUGAUAGUCAGUAUUUAAUGGGUGACAGCUAUGAUCUAUAUGGGAAUGAAAUGGAUAUGUAUUCCCAGGGGAAUGGAAUGGAUAUGUAUUCUCAGGGGAAUGGAAUGGAUAUGUAUUCCCAGGGGAAUGGAAUGGAAAUGUAUUCCCAGGGGAAUGGAAUGGAUAUGUAUUCCCAGACUCAGUUAGGAUAUUCUGAUGAACUUCAGGGCUUUUAUGGUGACCCAUAUGGAGAGGACAUAGCAGACGAUCCAAAUACGGGUCUAUAUGGUGAUUAUGGGGAUCCUUGUUUUCAGGAAUAUCUGGUUAAUUACAGUGAAUCAGACGUUGAUCCAUAUCUGCAGUCUUCCUACAAUAUGUAUCAGCCAUAUGGAUAUCCAAUGCAAGAUAUAAUGGAAGGUGUAGAAGCUUAUGGAAUGUAUGGUGAAACAUAUAGAGAUUUCCCUGUGGAGCCAUUGCCCCUUCAUGGAGACAUGGAGUUCAGAGUCCCAAGACCCCAGGUUAAGCUUUUUGGUAAGGAAAGGAUUGAUGUUGAGCCUCCUCCAUUGCCUCAACAAUACGAUUUUGAGGGGAUGUCAGACAUACAGUAUGAAAAUUAUCCAUAUAUGCCUGGAGCCCCCAUGGAUGCUUUUUCACCGGCAAUUUAUCCUCAAGAAAUGCUUCAUCCCACAAUGCCUCAAGUUCCCACACCAACAGCCAUGCUGAUUAAGCAAGCAAAUAAUCCCCAGAGAUUUGUCAGCCAACAUAUGCAACAUAUGGCUCAAGCUGGUGCAUUUCCACCAUCUCCCACACCAAGCAGAAGGUCUAUAUCAGGGAUGGCCUCUCCUCUGCAUAAGCAUUUGUCAUCCAUGGCACCAAUGGCAAGUUUUGGAGAGCCGAUAAUGGAAGUUAGACGUUCCCCUGUGCCUAUACGCAGGCCAAGCCCUCAUGCCUCUCCCCAACUCUCCAUGCAUCCUGCUGGUGCUCUUCCUUUAAGAAGAAGCCCAUCCCCACAGCCCUCUGUGCGUGGUAUUGGAGGCAUGGAAGCACCUCCAUCCUCCAGACUAGCCAGAGGGAUGUCCUCUCCAAUGGGUCAUGUUCAACAUCCUCGCUCUCCAAUUGGAAGCAAAACGAGUCAACCUGUUUCUCCAGCACUUUCUAGACGUUUGCAACCUCAGGAUCCAUACAGAGAGGCUCCACCUGCUUCUCCAACAGUCCCUAGACGUUUACAGCCUCAAGCAUCCUUUAGAGAGGCACUACCAUCUCCCCAGCCUAUGGCUGGCCGUAUGCCCUCACGAGCACCGUCUCUCCGCACCAGCCCUCCAGCUUCGCCUCGUGCAUCUAUUCGGAGGAGAAGCCCACCACAGUCACCCCGUGUCUCAGUUAGGAGACCCAGUCCACCCACCUCCCCUUCACAAGUGCGUCGUCCAUUUGGUGCCAAGAAGUUUCAAGCCUCCCCACCUCCUCCUAGGUGCAGGAGUCCUCCAUCUUCCCCUCAGAUAGGUAUGCAACCCAUGGCCAGUGUGCAGCAGAGGGAUCUCCAUAGACCACAGUCCCCAUUAAUGGUUCAUAGAGCAUCACCUACUCCUUCCAGGAGAAGUUUUAUUGUGGAGCCCCAGCAACCACCAGUGGAACGUAGAUCCCCCUCUCCCAGCCUCUCCCGCAGGUCUACUCGCCUCAUGAAGGAUUCUCCACCUUUUGGAUCCCCUGGAGGUCGACUGCGAGGAAGAGGCCGUCCAAACAUCCCAAUGGGAGCUGUGAAACCAUAUCCUGGCCGAGGGGGACAUUCAGGAGCUCCAACACAAAAUGUACGCCCAUUUAGACCUUCCAUACGUAGUAACAGGUCCAUGAUACAUCAGGACUUCACAACUUCACCACAGCUCUCAGGUCAACACACUGGGAUGGGCAUAAAGGAACAAAGUCGUUUCAAUCCCCCAGGAACACCUGGUCCAAUGAGAAACCCACAGAGACCUAUUGGUCGUGGCCGUCCACUCAUGGCCAGACAGUCACUUAGGCGUGCCCCUUCACCACAGCCUUCUCAAAAACACAUGCCCCCUCCAUCACCUCAGCCUUCCAUUAGGAAUUUCUCCAGACCAGCAUCUCCACAUCCAUCUAUGAAACAUGGCUCCCCAUUACCAAUGCGUCCCACUUCCCCUAGGGCUCCACGUACUUAUGCAUUUGCUGGUCCAUUGCAAAACCCUCAGAUGCAUGAUGUUUCAUUUUUAUCUCCUUUGCCAAUUGGUGCAGAGCGAAUACCUGUAGAAUUUGACCAGGUUAGUGGUAUCCCUCACUCACCAAUGCUUACAAGAGCCCUCCAAAACCAAAGUGUGCGCAAUGCCUCCUAUGCUUCACCUUUCCAACAGCCCAUGUCACCUUAUGCCCCUGAGAUGGCAUCUCCACUUCUGUCGAAUGCCUUGCAGAAUUCUCAUCUCCGAGAAGCCUCUUACACAUCACCCUUCCAAAGACCAGGCUCACCUUAUGCUCCUGAAAGGCCAGCUUCACCUUUGCUGUCUUAUGCUAUUCACAAUCCACAACUUCGCAAUGCAGCAUACAAGUCAACCCUUCAGAGGCCACAUUCACCCUAUAAUGAGGUGGUGGCAGGCUACGAUUACAUUGAAGAGCCAGGUCCUGGCCCUCUUCUCUCAAAUGCUAUUCAAAAUCCAAAUGUCCGCAAUGCUUCUUACCGAACGCAUUUACAUCGCAGAGGAUCUCUCAUUCCCCAUGGGUAUGGUCCAAGGGGAUCUCCAGCUUUGUCAACAGCUUUGCAAAACCAAAAUAUUCGUAAAGCAUCAUACCGAGCACCUCUUCAGGGAAUGGUCUCCCCUUAUGCACCUAUGCCUGGUUAUGGACAGGACCCUAGGAAGUCUCCAAUUCUGUCUGAUGCACUGCACAACCCACAACUCCGUGGUGCCACUUACCAACUGCCUGAUGGGACAUUGGUAUAUGAUAAUCAGGUACUAAAUGCAAGUUCUUCCCCAUUGCUCGCUGAUGCUAUGGGAAAUUCACAGCUCCAGAGUGCUUCAUAUAGACUUCCUGCUGGGUCUAUAAUAGACCCACGAAGGCAACAGUCUUUGUCACCAAACCUCCCAAAUGCUUUGCAGAACCGAAACAUAAGAAAUGCCUCUUAUAGACUUCCAGAUGGAACAAUAAUAUACCCAGACUCUCAUUUACAACAACCUUCUUCCCCAAACCUGUCCAAUGCCUUACAAAAUAAAAAUCUGAGGAAUGCAACCUAUAGACUUCCAGAUGGAACUAUUAUCACUGCAGGUCAACGGCAAACCUCACCAAACCUGUCACGUGCCCUUCAGAAUGAGAGCAUUAGAAAGGCAUCAUAUAGACUUCCAGAUGGAACAAUAAUAAUGACUGAUCAGCAAAUGGAACCAACCUCACCAAAUCUGGCCAGUGCACUUCAAAACAAAAACAUUCGAAAUGCAGCUUACAGAUUGCCAGAUGGCACAUUAAUAAUGGCAGACUAUGGGCAGGCCAAACCUACCUCCCCAAGUUUAGCAGAAGCACUUCAGAACCAACAAAUGAGAAAUGUUAGUUAUUCUUUACCUGAUGGCUCAAUUAUAACUGGACCAGGUUAUGAAGAAGUUAAGUCUCCUAAUUUGGCAAGUGCACUUCAGAAUCAGGGCAUUCGCAAUGCUACAUACAGGUUGCCUGAUGGCUCCAUAAUACGUGCUGAUGCAAGUCACAAACCUACAUCACCAUCUCUGUUCUCUGCCCUGAGAAAUGAGGAUAUGAAAAAUGUCUCCUACAGGCUUCCAGAUGGAUCAGUUAUUGCCCAGGCACUAUACCAGCCAAGUAGUCCAAACAUUGCAAAUGCAUUGCAGAAUGAAAACAUUCGCAGGGCCACUUACCAGUUACCAGAUGGAUCUGUUAUCUCAGCAGAUCCUCAAAGGCAUAGAACCAAUCCAAAUCUAUCACAUGCACUUCUAAAUCAAAACCUCCGCAAGGCCACAUACCGAUUACCUGAUGGCUCACUCCUUACUCAAGGAUUUGCUGUCCCCACCACACCAUAUUUAAUGGAUGCUCUUAAGAAUCCUAACCUUAAGAAAGCCUCUUACCAGCUACCAUCAGGGCUCUCAACAUACAUGACAUCCUCUGGGCAGGUGAUUAUAGGGCCAGAUGGCCAUUAUGCCGUGAUUUCACCUCAACGAAAAGGUCCAGGUGGGCCGGAAGAGCACUGGGCUCAGAAUGCCAGAGAGGGGCUAACAGCAGAGGAUGUAUGGGCUUCGGAAAGGGUCUUGCCUCAUGAUACAGUACAGAAUCUCUUCAAAUGGUCUAUGUAUCGUGAUGAGAAAAUGAUGGAAUUCCUUUCCCCCCCACCCACUGGUCUUAGGCCAGGGGAGACAGAGCUGCAGUGGGUACCAGAUCGUGAAGGGGAGCCAAAAGGCCAGUGGUAUGACAAGAUGUAUUCUAUAAGGAGCCUACCUACUGUGAGAUACAGGGAGAAAAGGGAAGGGGAUGGAACUGAGGACAUGACACAAAUGGAAGAGCUAACUGAGGCAGCAGUAUUGAUAAACCUGAAGAUUCGCUUUGACCAACAGCUUAUCUAUACAUACAUUGGCAGUAUACUGGUAUCAGUGAAUCCAUACAAGUUAUUUAACAUCUAUGGAACAGACAUGGUUCUGCAGUAUGAGGGCCAUGGCUUGGGAGACAACCCACCUCAUCUAUUUGCCAUUGCAAACAUUGCCUACACAACAAUGAUGGACAUCAAGAGAAACCAGUGCAUCAUUAUCAGUGGGGAAAGUGGUUCUGGUAAAACGGAGGCAACCAAACUGGUUCUGAGAUACCUUACUGCUAUUCAGCAUAAGAGGAACAUUACACAGCAGAUUGAGAUUCUAGAGGCAACUCCUCUGUUAGAGUCUUUUGGGAAUGCUAAGACGGUCCGAAAUGACAAUUCCAGCCGCUUUGGAAAGUUUGUAGAGGUCUUUUUGGAGGAAGGGGUGAUCAGUGGUGCCAUUACCUCACAGUAUCUACUGGAGAAGUCCAGGAUUGUUUUUCAGGCCAAAGAAGAGAGAAACUACCACAUCUUUUAUGAGAUGCUGGCUGGUCUUCCUUCUCACAAGAAACGGUCUUUCUACCUACAAGAGGCCGAAACCUACUACUACCUGAACCAGGGUGGUAACUGUGAGAUCAUAGGGAAGGAUGAUGGGGAGGAUUUUAGAAGGCUACAGAGUGCCAUGGAUAUUCUUCACUUUAAUCCCGAAGACCAAAGCAGCAUAUUCAGAGUGUUGUCAUCCAUACUGCACCUGGGCAAUGUCUUUUUCCAUAGAGUGGAGACAGAAGUACAAGAGACAGCUGGCGUAGUGAGCACUCAGGAGAUUCGUGCAGUUGCUGAUCUGCUUCAGAUUUCUCCAGAGGGUCUACAGAAAGCCAUCACCUUCAAAAUGACGGAUGCAAUGAGAGAAAAGAUUUAUACUCCCCUCACAGUAGAAAGUGCUGUGGAUGCCAGAGAUGCAGUUGCCAAGAUUCUUUAUUCCUUGCUCUUUCAUUGGCUGACGGAACGCAUCAAUGGGCGGAUCUACCCCAGGAAUGAGGCUCUGUCCAUAUCUUUACUGGAUAUAUACGGGUUUGAGAAUUUGACGUUCAACAGUUUUGAGCAGCUCUGUAUCAAUUACGCCAAUGAAACCCUUCAGUUCUUCUUCACCAAAAUCAUUUUCAAACUGGAGCAGGAGGAGUACAUUCGUGAGCAAAUCAGCUGGAAAGAAUUGGCCUUCACUGACAAUCAGGCAUGCAUAGACCUUAUAGCUGCAAAACCCCAUGGGAUACUCCGCAUUCUUGAUGACCAGAGCUCCUUUCCACAGGCCACUGACCACACCUUCCUUCAAAAGUGCCACUAUCACCAUGGAAACAGCCCCCUCUACUCCAAGCCAAAAAUGCCACUGCCAGAGUUUACUGUGAAUCACUAUGCUGGCCGUGUAACUUACCAGGUCCAUAAAUUCCUGGAUAAGAACUAUGAUCAGGUUCGACAGGAAGUAUUGGAUUUAUUUAUGCAGAGCCAGAACCGAAUGGUGUCAAAUCUCUUCAUAAAGCAUGCUGAGAUGCUGAAUCAGCAAAAGGGAGCAAUUAACAGGAACAGCACAGUGACUCGGAGAUAUCAGCCCUCCACUGUGGCCGCCAAGUUCCAGCAAUCAUUACAGGAGCUCCUGGACAAGAUGGAGAGGUGCAACCCAUUUUUUGUGCGCUGCAUAAAGCCAAAUAGUAACAAGGAACCUGGUAUAUUCGACCCUGAAUUGGUUGCUACUCAGCUCAGAUAUUCAGGAAUCAUGGACACAAUCCGUAUCAGGAAGGAGGGCUAUCCAAUCAGAGUGCCGUUCCAUAAAUUCUUAAAUAGGUACAAAGCCCUACUGGGAAUGAAGAAGCCACCACCUCCAGAUGGAGAUAACUGUGUGAUUAUGCUUAUGAAGCUCUGCCCAAUCCAAAAAGGAGAUUAUCAAGUGGGUGUGUCAAAGCUCUUCCUAAAGGAGGAGGUGUAUCAGUUAUUGGAGAGUAAACGUGAUCGAAUGAUACAUGUAGCUGCACUGACCCUUCAGCGCUACGUGCAGAUGUAUUUUGUCCGCAAGAAAUUCCUCAAAUUCCGUUCUGACAUGACAAAACUACAGGCCCACUGCAAGGGCUACCUGGUCAGGCGGUGGUUUCUGCGAACGCGUAUCAACCAGAUCAAGUUCCGUUCAAUGAUCCAUCUUAUAGUCAAUCGGAAAAGAUAUAUCAGGGAGAACCUCCUAAUGGCAAGGCGAGCAGAGGAAGAGAGGAGAAGGCUUGAACUGGAGCGAACAAGUAGGGAGGUGGUAAAUGUGACUCAGCUGGUGAUUCCUGCAGAGUUGGGAGGAUUGUUACAAGCCACCGCAGCUGGUAGGGAGCGUCAUUCAGAAUGCUUGGCUCUGGUUCAGGCUCCUAGAAUACAGACAGACCCCCAGCUCACCCUACCACUGGACAUCAAUAACCAUCUGAUGACCAAAUACAUACGUACACAUUUCAGGGAGUUGCAGUUUGGGAUGCUCACAGCACCAUUGGAGAACUCACUGACCCGUCUUGAAGAUGAUCUGAAGCAAGAUGCUCUUGAUGUUUUUAUACUGAUCUUGCGUUUCAUGGGAGAUCCAAACCUGAAUGGUGCUCAAGAAAACCUGUUUGGAAAUUAUAUCAUUCAGAGGGGCCUUGCCACUCCACCAAUCAGAGAUGAGAUCUUAGCACAGAUAGCCAAUCAGGUGUGGCGGAAUGAAAACAGCAGAAAUGCAGAGAGAGGCUGGUUGUUGAUGGCAGCCUGUUUGAGUUCCUUUGCCCCAUCUGAGAAGAUGGAGAAAUAUCUGUUAAAAUUUUUAUCAGACUAUGCUCUGAAUGGCUUUAAGGCACUGUGCCAACACAAGCUCCUCCAGGCCAUGCAGAAAUCCUACCUGAUCCCAGAAGCAUCUCGAACCUAUCCUCCAUCACUGCUGGAGUGGACUGCCAACCGCAAGAAAGCACACAUGGUGCUCCAGGUGCACUGUUUUGAUGGUGUGUCUUUCCUGUGCCCAGUCCAUUCGUGGACCAAUGGAGAGGAGCUUGCAGGAGACGUUCUACAACACAGGAGCAUGUCCUCAGAGAGUCGACGGGGUUGGUCAGUUCUGUUGAAAGAACCGGCACAGUGGGUGGAGUUAGAAGGUCACGAUUAUGUUCUAGAUCUGAUUUGCGACCUGGAGCUGCUACCUGACUUCCCCAAGCAGAAAACUUACUUCAUCAUCUCUACCGAAGACCCCAACAGGGCACGACCUAAUGCGAGCAUAAGUCUCUUUGGCAGUGGAUUUGAUGAGGAUGAGGAAGGGCCGCUCUCAUAUGCAAAUCGAACCAACGCAAUUGCAACCAACAGUCUACUGAUUUCUGAAGGCCGCUUCAGUCAAGGUAACUCGGAACAAUCGUAUGAUGCAUCUCAGAGAGGGAUGGACCGGUAUUUGGACAGCCUCUUUGACCCAGUUCUGUCUGAUGGAACUGGGGAUUUGGAUGCAUCAGUUUUGACUGGCAGGAUGAAGGGUGGAGGAGGUGUAGGUGGUGAUGGAGCUCAGUCCACUGCCAGGGUCCCUUACUCUGCUGCUCUUCAGCCUGGAGACCCACAGCAGACUGUACUGGCACAACAACAACAGACCAUCAUCAACCAGCAAGCUGUCAUUAUGGCUCAGCAGAUGACCAUGCAGGCGAUGGCUAUGGUGACCAGUCCAGUGUCCAGUCCACCACUCUCUCCUCUCACCAGCCCCCCUACCAGCCCUCCACCCACUCCUUACAGCACACUGCCGCCCAGCCCCUACCCCGCUGUGCCUCCCAGCCCUUAUGCAAACAUCCCCCUCAGUCCUUAUGCACCUUUUCCCAUGUCCACAUACACGAGCCCCCCGGUGACCCCGCACCCAGCUGUCGCCUCCACCUCGAUCUACAUCCCACCUAGGAGUCUAGAUGGCCAGUGUGAGCCCCAGCCACGGAACACCACGACUACACAGGGCACGGGAUUUAAUGGGACUUUAGAAAAGAAACAAGCCCCUGCUGCACCAAUUAAACUUGACAGCAAGCCUGCCAAAAAACAUGCUCCUAUUGGGGUCACAGGUCCCAUGCGGGCUGCUCCAGCUCCAGGCACAGAGGUGGUCAAAUACUCUGUCUCUAACUCUGAGCACAUCAUUCCUAGCCACAACAUUAAAGAUAUCAUUAAACAAUACCAAACGCCAGCCUCAGAACCCGUGCCACAGAGGCGAGACGGUAAAGGUUUUGUGAAGAAGAUGAAUCCACAUGAUGAGGCCAUGCAGAUCUUAAAAACACAGAUGGACAAUCCACGUCCUACACAGGUGAGAUCUGUAUAUGCUCCUAUUCCAGCUGCUGUAUCCAGGGAAGGAGGCCUCAAACCAACCAAAAGCAGCAAGAAGAGAGCACCAGACCCACCACUGACUUUACCACCACCAGUGUCCAGAGAUCUGCCAGUGGAAUCUGAGAGUAUCCAAACACCACUGCACAGGAGCAGCACUGAGGAACAUUACACCUACACAAAUGUACCCUGGAGAAUCUAUCUCAGGAAGGAGGUCUUUUAUCCCAAGGACAGCUGGAACCAUCCUCUAGUUCUAGACCUCAUAUUCAAACAGAUUGUUAAUGACACAUAUACAGAGGCUUGUGUACGCAUUACAAAAGAGGAGAGGCAGAAGAUGAAAUCCUUGUUUGCUAAAUACAACAUUGAGCAAAACACUGAUGUUCAGGAUGAGAGCGUGAAGAAGGACGUGAUAUCAGCUGCCAGGGAGUCAUGGGAGAUUUAUUUUUCUCGCCUUUUCCCUGCCUCUGGCAGUGUGGGUACUGGAGUUCAAGUGUUGGCAGUAUCUCACAUUGGUAUCAAACUUCUAAAGACAGUGAAAAGCAGUUCUGCAGCUCCAGACUACUUCCGUGUGCUCCGACCAUACAGUUACACCGAGAUCCUGUUUGUCACAAUCCCCUCUCAGAACAUGUUGGAGUUUAAUCUGAUGAAUGAGAAGUUAAUUCUCUUCUCCGCCAAAGCCCCUCAAAUCAAACAAAUUAUAGAUCUCUUCAUCUCUCAUCUAAAAAAGGACUCUGAAUAUGUAGUAGCAGAGAGGAACUUUAUCACAGAUGAUCGAGCUCUACUUAGCUUCCAUAAAGGAGAUAUCAUCCGUCUGCAGGCGAUGGAUGGAUUAGAAGAGGGUCAGAGGUAUGGAUGUGUGGUGAAGAAAAAGGUCAUCUACCUCGAGGAGCUAAAGAGAGACACUCCAGAUUUUGGCUGGAGGUACGGGGCAGUGCAGGGUCGGAGUGGAGCAUUCCCAGAGGAGUGUGUGGUUCCUGUGGCAGCUCCUGAUUUUCUGAGUCUCCCAGCAGAGAGGAGAGAUGAGCCGAGAGACAGACAGGGCAGAGUGGCGGCAUCAGGGGCUGUUGCUCUCGCUGUGGCCUCCACUGUGGCUGCACAUGAACUGGACCCAACACUGGAGUCUGAUGGAUUUGGUGAUUUUGGUAACUCUGAAGUUGAAGGGAAUAUUCUUUUGGACAGCCAGUACAACAUGGUAGAGUUUGCCAAGAAAUAUUUCAGAAUGUCAAAUGGAAGCAAGAGUGACUCCUUCAGAGACAAGUCCAAAAAAGGAAAAGGAACCAAAGACCCUGCAGAGAUGGUGAAAUUCAGUAAAAACCCUAUCCAAGAGUCCCUCAUAGACUUCACAGAUCCCAACAUGAACCGGGUCGCUUCUGAAAUUUUCCUUGCCAUAAUGAAGUUCAUGGGAGAUCAUCCUCUCAGAGGCCAAUCAGAGCAGUUUGUGGUUUGCACUUUCCUGAAGUUAACUGGGGAAUAUGGACUGAUGAAGGAUGAGGCAUACUGUCAAAUCCUCAAACAGAUCACAGCCAAUACCAGCUCUAAACCUGACAGCUGUCAGAAGGGCUGGCGUUUGCUCUACAUUCUGACGACGUUUUACCGCUGCUCUGAAGUGCUGAAACCAUUCUUACUCAAAUUCCUACGAGACAUCUGCAGAAGUACAGAAGUUCUUUUUCAUGGAAUUGCUAAAGCUUGUGAGCAGAACCUGAGAAAGACCUUUCAGUUUGGAGGCAGGAGUGUUUACCCCAGUAGUAUGGAGCUCAAAGCAAUUAUGGCUGGUCGAAGCUCAAAGCGGCAGCUCUUUCUGUUUCCCGGAGGAAUUGAGAGACAUCUAAAGAUCAAAACCUGCAGUGUUGCACUGGACGUCAUAGAGGAGUUGUGUUAUGAGAUGGCGUUACAACGGCUGGAGGCAAUGGAUGAGUACACUAUUUUCAUAGUCACCAACAGAGGUCAGAAUGUGCGGCCCUUAAAUAAAAGAGAGUAUAUUUUGGACAUUGCAACGGAGGCGGAGCAAAUUGAUAGCAACUACAGCUUCUGGUUCAGAAGAGUUAUCUGGGCCCAUCCUCUGAAGUUCGACAACGAGCUGUGUGUGACCAUGCACUAUAACCAGAUUCUACCAGACUACCUGAAGGGUCUGCUGAAUGUGGUGCCUCAGGGAAAGAUCAGUGAACAGCAGUUCAACCAGUUUGCCAAACUUGCCGCUCUUCAACACAGAGCCAAAGACAGUCUCUACGCACCUACCAUUCACGAGUUGACAGAAUACAUCCCAGUUGAGAUCUUUGGCAGACAGGGGCCCCAGAAAUGGAUGCAACUGGUUGCCCAACAUGUACAUGCUGUCCAAAGCCUGAACCCUCACCAGGCCAGAUCCCAGUUCCUGGGAUUGGUGUGUGCAUUUCCCAUGUUUGGAUCAUCCUUCUUUUACAUUCAGAGUAGUAGCAACAAUGCCAUCUCUGCGCCAUGCAUCCUCGCUGUCAAUCAAAAUGGACUGCACUUCUUGCACAAAGACACUCAUGAGGUGCUGGUGAAGUACCAGCUGAAGCUGGUUCAGUCAGCUCACACACUGCGGCCCAGCGCUGGAUCCAGUUACCCUUAUGUGGACAUCCUGAUCGGAGACUUAACCAACCACAGAGUCACACAGUUACAGCUGGAACAGGGUCUGGAGCUUUGUCGAGUUAUUGCCAUGCAUAUUGAGAACAUGCUCUCUGUACGAGAGAAGAGGCUGACGCUGCCACCCAGUGAAAUUACCAUGCUGUAA